CAUAACAAACAAAGUGGUUUUUGAUUUUGGGGUUGAACUCUUUCUUCCUUAAACCUCCACACCACAUCGGCGAUCUUCUCCCAUUUCUCCGUCAAUCAUUUUCCGAUCAGCAAUCAAAAUCGAAAACUCUCACCCAUCUUUUCCGAUUUCGUUUUUCUGUUAGCUCUGAUUUUCAGUUCCAAUUUCAGAAGAAGAAAAAAGCAGAAGCCGAAAUACCUUUGUUGCUGUUGUGAAUUUGAAAGGAAAAAAAAUGUCGGUGCAGGAAUAUCUGGACAAGCAUACGCUCUCCAGGAAAAUAGAGGACGCCGUCAAUGCCGCCGUUAGGGCAAAAACGCCCGAUCCGGUGCUCUUCAUCUCCAAUCACAUGAAGAAAUCCGUCCCCUCCGUCAUCACCAAAGUUAAAGCCAGGCAAAUUCUCGACAGCAGAGGAAUUCCCACUGUUGAGGUAGAUUUGUACACCAAUAAAGGCGUCUUUCGUGCUUCCGCCCCUAGCGGAUCUUCCUCUGGAAUGUAUGAAGCUAUUGAAUUGCGAGACGGAGACAAGGGAACGUAUCUUGGAAAUGGUGUAAGUAGAGCUGUUAAGAAUGUUAAUGAAAAAAUAUCUGAAGCCUUAAUUGGUAUGGAUCCAACUCUUCAAGUUCAAAUUGAUCAAGCCAUGAUAGACUUGGACAAGACAGAGAAAAAGGGUGAACUUGGAGCAAAUGCAAUUCUAGCAGUCUCAAUGGCUGCCUGCAAAGCAGGGGCAGCUGAAAAGGAGGUUCCACUCUACAAACACAUUGCUGAUCUUGCUGGGAAAACAAAUUACAAUCUUCCCGUCCCAGUUUUCACUCUCAUAAGUGGUGGAAAACAUGCAUGGAACAAUCUGGCAAUUCAGGCUGUGAUUACAGAACGAUAUGGUUCGCACGGAUGUAAUGUUGGAGAAGAUGGUGGUUUUGCUCCUAAUAUAUCCAGCUUGAAAGAAGGCCUGGAGUUUGUAAAGGAGGCUAUUGGAAGAACAGGUUACAACGAGAAAAUAAAAAUAGCACUUGGUGUUGCUGCAACUGAAUUUUGCAUAGGUACCAAGUAUGAUUUGGAUUACAAAUCAGCAAAUAAAUCAGGUCAGAAUUUUAAAUCAGGAGAGGACAUGAUUGAUAUGUACAAAGAACUCUGUGAAGCCUAUCCGAUUGUAUCAAUUGAGGAUCCAUUUGAUAAGGAGGACUGGGAACACUCCAAGUAUUUCACUAGUCUUGGACUGUGCCAGGUUGUAGGAGAUGACUUAUUGAUGUCGAAUCCUAAAAGAAUUGAGAGAGCUGUACAGGAGUCUGCUUGCAAUUCUCUUAUGCUCAAGGUGAACCAGGUUGGGACUAUCACUGAGGCCAUUGAAGCAGUGAAGUUAGCUAAGGAUGCCAACUGGAGUGUGGUGAUAUCUCAGAGAAGUGGUGAAAGUGAAGAUUCUUUCUUAGCUGAUUUAGCUGUUGGUCUCGCCACCGGUCAAAUCAAGGCAGGCGCACCUUGCCGUGGAGAGAGACUAGCAAAGUACAACCAGUUGCUUAGAAUCGAGGAAGAGCUCGGGGAUCAAGCAUUUUAUGUUGGUGAUGACUGGAGGCACUGCUGACAGACCUUCCACAAGUUAUAUUCGUAUUUAUUUUCUUUACACCAUCUUGUUAUACGACAAGUGGCUACUCAGUUUUCUACAUAAUGGGCUGUAGUUUUGAUAUAGGGAGUGCUUCAAAUGCCUUGCUGGUCUGUGAGUUUUCGAUUUUUUGAGGAGCGACGAAGCAGGAGAAUGGUAAAUCGUGAAAUUUAAACGAGUACUAAAAUUUUUGAGUGGCUGGGUACAGUCUCUGAAACUGGUGGAAAGAUCUAUUUUUUGAAUUGGGUAUUGUAACAUGUUCCUUGAGAUUACAAAUUCGCACCAAAACACUAAUUAC